AUGUAUGAGAAGGUCAAGGGUAUCCGACCGUGUAGCAACAAAGGGCCCAACAUAUUCAGUUUCAACAGCAUUACAGCUGCUGCUGCUGCUGCUGCUGCUGCUGCUGCUGCUGGGAGCAGCAGCAGCAGCACGAAACGCAUGCAGCAGCAGCGGCUGCACCUCUACCUGCAGCCGCCCCCGCUGCCUAUACACCCCACGAGGCACCUCUAUGUCGUGCGGCACCCAGGCUGUCAAUACACUCCAUGUUGCUGCGUCACACACUUGAAACGCCAGGCCCUGCAGCAGCAGCAGCAGCAGCAGCAGCAGACGCAGCAGCAGAAGAAGAAGCAGAAACAGCAGCAGCAGAAACAGCAGCAGCAACAGCAACAACAGCAGAAUGUAAAUCAGCAGAAAACAGUCCAUUUUGGGGUGUAUAUGCAGCUGCUUAUUCAGGUGUAUAUACAGCAGAAAGCAAAGCUGAUUGGGGUGUAUAUGCAGCUGCUUAUUGGGGUGUAUAUGCAGCUGCUGAUUGGGGUGUAUAUGCAGCUGCUGAUUGGGGUGUAUAGGCAGGUCCUUCAGAAAACCCCCAUUCACUAUAAACCUGCAGCAGCAGCAGCAGCAGCAGCAGCAGCAGCAGCAGCAGCAGCAGCAGCAGCAGCAGCAGAUGGAGAUGCAGCAGCAGAAGCAGGGUUGUAG